GGGGUCGCAGCGGGGAGAGCGACAGCGUGGGCGGACAAGCAGCGCGGCCGCCGUCAUGCCGUUCCUGCACGGCUUCCGCAGGAUCAUCUUCGAGUACCAGCCUCUGGUGGACGCCAUCCUGGGCGCCCUGGGCAUCCAGGACCCCGAGCGGCAGGAGCCCCCGGACGGGCCCAACGGCGCGGCCAGCGAGGAGGGUCGCCUGUGCGUCUUGACGGAGCUGCUGGCGCGCAAGGCACAUUCUCCAUUCUACCAGGAAGGCGUGAGCAACGCGCUGCUCAAGAUGGCCGAGCUGGGGCUCACGCGGGCGGCCGACGUCCUCCUGCGGCACGGGGCCAACCUCAACUUCGAAGACCCGGUCACCUACUACACAGCCCUGCACAUCGCUGUGCUGCGGAACCAGCCCGACAUGGUGGAGCUGCUGGUGCGCCACGGCGCCAACAUUAACCGCAGGGACCGGAUCCAUGAGAGUAGCCCCCUGGACCUGGCCAGCGAGGAGCCAGAGCGCCUGCCCUGCCUGCAGCGGCUGCUGCAACUGGGCGCUGAUGUCAACGCAGCUGACAAGCACGGCAAGACCGCUCUGCUCCACGCACUGGCCAGCAGCGACGGGGUGCAGAUCCAUAACACUGAGAACAUCCGGCUGCUGCUGGAGGGAGGGGCCGACGUCAAGGCCACCACCAAGGACGGUGACACCGUGUUCACCUGUAUCAUCUUCCUGCUGGAGGAGACGGUGUGCGGGGACAUAGAGGAGGCCCCCAUGAUCCAGCGCUUCUGCUUCCAAGUCACACAGCUACUGCUGGCCCACGGCGCCGACCCCAGCAGGUGCCCUGCCCACGAGGCCCUCACCUACGUCUGCCUCAAGAGCUUCCAGCUGCACUUCCCCCUGCUGCGCUUCCUGCUCGAGUCGGGCGCUGCCUACAACUGCUCUGUCCAUGGACCGGCCUGCUGGUCGGGCUUCCACACAAUCUUCGAGCGUCUCUGCUCCCACCCUGACUGCCCUGAGGACAACAGCCAUGCUGAUCUGCUGCGCAAGGCCGAGACUGUCCUGGACCUCAUGGUGACCAACUCCCGGAAGCUCCAGCUGCCCGAGAACUUCGAUGUCCACCCAGAGGGCAGCCUGGCAGGCAAGAUCCAGGCCCUGCAUGGCUCCCUGCGGCAGCUCGAGAGCUACCCCCCGCCCCUCAAGCACCUGUGCCGGGUGCACAUCCGCCUGCACCUGCAGCCGUGGCCAGUGGACGCCAAGGUGCAGGCCCUGCCACUGCCGGACCGGCUCAAGUGGUACCUGGUCAGCGAGCACAGCGGCCCCACACAGGAGGAUGCCUGACGGUCUAGGCUGCAGGAACCGGGCUGAGGUGGCUCCAUGGGCAUGGGACACCCGGGGUGGGCCCAUGGAUCUGGGAGAACACACUGAAGCCGGCUGGGAGCAGUCCCUUGCGCAGGAA